CGCGCGGCCGGCCCCGCGCUCGGCGCUGCUAGAGACCCGGGCCGCGGCACUCGCUCGGAUCUCUGGACCCCCUCUCUUUUUUCCAGCCGUCCCGCUUGGUACGGCCCGUGUCCCGGCGCUCCCUCCCCGCCCUCCCCCUCGGGCCGGAGGCUCUUGGUGCGGCCCGGGAGAGAGAACCAGGUCAUCUGUCGGUUCCUGUGAAAACAAAAACAAUCGGCGGCGGCCACAGCAGCAGCAGCAGCAGCAGUAGUAGUAGCAGCAGCAGCAGCGGGCCGGGGGCGAGGGGCGAGCCGGGGCGUCAUGGAACCGGGGGACGCGGGCAGCCCGGGGCCCCGUCAGCGCCGCCGCCGCCGCUGAGCCUCCCCAGCCGCCGCUUCAGCCGCCGCCGCGGCCGCCGCGAGGAAGACGCUGAGGCCCCGGAGCGGGCCCCCGGGCCGGAGGGGACUGGGAGGGGACUGGAAGAGGACGCGGCCUCGGGACGGCCCGGCAUGGAUCAGUGCGUGACGGUGGAGCGGGAGCUGGAGAAGGUGCUGCACAAGUUCUCGGGCUACGGGCAGCUGUGCGAGCGUGGCCUGGAGGAGCUCAUCGACUACACGGGCGGCCUCAAGCACGAGAUCCUGCAGAGCCAGGGCCAAGAUGGUGAAUUAUCAGGGACACUGUCACUUGUUUUGACACAGUGCUGUAAAAGAAUAAAGGACACAGUCCAAAAACUGGCUUCCGAUCACAAAGACAUCCACAGCAGUGUUUCCCGGGUUGGAAAAGCCAUUGAUAAGAACUUUGAUUCUGACAUCAGUAGCGUGGGAAUUGAUGGCUGUUGGCAGGCAGACAGCCAGCGGAUCCUCAAUGAGGUGAUGGUGGAGCACUUUUUCCGACAAGGAAUGCUGGAUGUAGCUGAGGAACUCUGUCAGGAAUCUGGAUUGUCUAUAGACCCAAGUCAAAAAGAACCAUUUGUGGAAUUAAAUCGAAUAUUGGAAGCAUUAAAAGUCCGAGUUCUGAGACCUGCUUUGGAAUGGGCAGUAUCAAAUCGGGAAAUGCUCAUGGCCCAAAACAGCUCCUUGGAAUUUAAGCUGCACAGAUUGUAUUUCAUUAGCUUAUUAAUGGGUGGAACUGCAAACCAGCGGGAAGCAUUGCAAUAUGCAAAAAAUUUUCAGCCAUUCGCCCUAAACCACCAGAAAGAUAUUCAGGUCUUGAUGGGGAGCCUCGUGUAUCUGAGGCAGGGCAUCGAGAACUCGCCCUACGUUCACCUGCUUGAUGCAAACCAGUGGGCAGACAUCUGUGACAUCUUCACUCGGGACGCCUGUGCCCUGCUGGGGCUGUCGGUGGAGUCACCACUCAGUGUUAGCUUCUCAGCGGGCUGCGUAGCCCUGCCGGCUCUGAUUAACAUCAAGGCGGUGAUUGAGCAGAGACAAUGCACGGGCGUUUGGAACCAGAAGGACGAGCUGCCUAUCGAAGUGGACCUUGGUAAAAAGUGCUGGUAUCACUCUAUAUUCGCUUGUCCCAUUCUUCGUCAGCAAACAACAGAUAAUAAUCCACCUAUGAAGUUGGUCUGUGGUCAUAUUAUCUCAAGAGAUGCGCUGAAUAAAAUGUUUAAUGGUAGCAAGUUAAAAUGCCCUUACUGCCCGAUGGAACAAAGUCCGGGAGAUGCCAAACAGAUAUUUUUCUGAAGAAAUAACUUCAAACGCCACUUGUAAGUGACCCUCGGAUUGCAGGCGCAUUUCAGAGCACCAGACAGUACUCGCUGCAUUUGCUGCCACAGACUGUGGACACUUCCGAACCCUGGUCAGCGUUUGAGUGUGCCCACCCCGAGGGCGAGUGCUCCUGAAUUUACCUUACCAUAGGGCUUUAUUAUACUCUUGGUCUUCAUUUCUGAUCAAGUAAACACACCAGCAGUUGUCAUUCAAUGCCGGUUUUUGUACUUAAUUACGUGGUGAUUUUUUUACUUUUUAAGAGCAGAAAUGAGAAAUCGCCCUUCCCCUGUGUUGAAUAUUUCUCCUGCUUUUAUUCUGUCGUCCUCUUCUUGAUGAUUUUCAUCCUUGAAGAACGUUUGUGAAAAAGUUUUAUUUCCUGUUAUGUGUACAUAAUUAAAAAUUCUUCAGAAAAAGUUUGAUAAACUAAAUAGUGCUAUAGAACUAAUUUGUAUUUUUUGCUUAAAGAAGAAAACAAGCUGUGAUGUAUUCUGAGUCUGCUUUCAGAAGUUUCCCUCCGCCCCUUCUUCGUGCAGCUCUUGAAGUCAGACAUACAUACGCCCAGAUGUCUGUCUGUCUGUGGCCCUUCCCCCAGGCUGGCUGGUGGAAUGGCCGCUGAGCUGAGGGUGCAUCUUCUGCCGGAGAGAAUGGAAUGGGCAGCCGUGGGUGUUGGGGCUUGUUUCCAGAGAAGGCUUGGUAAAGGGGCUGUGGGUGGCCGGCCUGGGCCCGGAAGCUUGCUCCCUGGAGAGUUGUCGUUUGAGUACAUUGUUGUAUGUGACAGACACCAGCGCCGGGCUGUUGGAUUCUUUACUGUCUCUUUGAAGGGAAGAUGCACGUUCCAGUCGUAGGCUUCACUGUUUUCAGUCCUGUAAAGGAGAAGCUAACUUAAAUCAGUCACUCAGAAUAUGUUUGCUUGUUACUGUUUGUACUUUAGCUGUCACGCGCUCACGUUCUCUUCUGCAGUCUGUCACCUCAUUGACUCCUGAUACAGAUCCUUCCCUUUUCCCUCUGAAUGCACUGUCCCAAAGUUUGCCAUUUGGCAUGUCAAGGUAACUGUAAAGAAUCUUUCUUUGUCUUGUGAACUCUAUGGAGAAGAACUCUUGGGAGAGAAAACACGGCUUCACUGUAUUGGUGUCACACAUUGUGGAGAAGAAUGUUAUUGGGAAAUCUGCGUUUUUGAAAUCCUGUUUUUUUGGACUUGGAACUGGACACCAAUGUCAAAACUCCUCAGGAGGAGUGAAGGAGGAGGAGGAGGAUGAUGACAACAGCACAGGAGGCGUUUGAGGUUUCAGGACAUCAUCGCCAAGGUUGACUUGGCUGUUAAAAGCACUUGGGGUGGGGUUGGGCUAGGCUGAGUGACCAGGUAAGCUGGUAGAAUAAUCUCCUGUGCAGCAUUUGGACCUUUGCUGGCACGCGAUGUUUGGCAUGAAGUGUUGGAUGGCCCGGGGAGAGAGAAUGCCAACACAUUCUGUUUGAACUUAGCCUGGGGCUCAGGGGUGAAACAUGAGACUCUCCUGGGCUGGUUGAGCAGAUUUUCAGAAUCUUCAGUUUACUUGGUUCUCAUGUUAAUUUGGAUAAGAUCUGAAAUAAGAGGGUUUUGCUUCUUUUGCCCUAAAUGUUUGUGUUGUCUUCUGCUCACAGCAGAAAAACUCCCGCAAGUCACUUGACAACCACAGUCGGUGGGGGGGUGGGGGAGGGGAGCUACUCAUAGCCAAUGUAGGGAAGAAGCAGUUUAAAGGAAUUCUAGGGUAUUUGUCAAGUCUCUGCUUUUUCCCUCAACAAAUUUAGCCCCAAAUGUUUUCCCUUCCACCCCUGCCGAGCUAAAUUUAGUUUUAUUCUGACCAUAUUCUCUUCUUUGAACUUUCUAUGCCUAUAUGACAUUUAGAAUUUAUGGAAAACCUUAAAAAUACCUAGAAAAAGGUUGUCGGUGCUUGGUGGACUAGACAUUUCUGAGAGCAGACACAUGCUGUUUGCAAGACCAUAAGCCAUAGACUUGCUUCAAGUUUUAUUUAUCCCAGUGCUAGAAAUUUUGUUAGAUUUGUAGCUCAUAAAAAGUGUAUAGAGAACAUGACUUAACUAAAGCAUCUGGAUUUGAGUCCAUUCCCCUAAGGCAGUGUUAGGGCCUUAGGAUAUGAAAUUAAAUUUUGGUGUAGGUGAUGACUUAGUUUCAAAACCAUUUUGAAUGAAGAUAUGCUUUAUAAAGCACAGCAUGUGUUGUUAAUUCACUUAAGGCUAGAUGCUUUGGAGAAAAGUAUUUGAAGAGGCUGCGGGCUGAGCUUUUGUAUAUGGUAACCAAAGAAGAUGAAGACCUUCUGAUUCUGGCAAUACUUCACCGACAUAGGAGAUGUCCCCAUGGCAGCUGAUGCUCACACGUCCUCAGGGUGCAGAAGAGGGGCGUGGUGUCUGUGUGCAGGUGGGGGUGUGCAAGCGUGCCUGGGGCCUGCCUCUCCCCUGUCAGAUGUUGAUGGUACAGUCAGGGUUUUUUACAGGGUUAACAGCAAGCCACAGGAAUACAGUGUGAAGUCAAAGCCGUUUCCAAAUGGUUUCUCCAAGUUUUGAAUUUGAAAGUUUUCUUGUGAGUCCUCAUGGACAUGGGCCACACUACUAUGCUAAGCCAAUUGAGACCUUACUCUCUAAACCUCAAGUGCUGGCCUGUGGCCAGCCUUGCUCUUUUCCCAGGACAGCUUUCAAGUGGCUCCAGUUGUUUUCACCAUUUUCACUUGUAUGCAAUUCGUUCAAGGUGCCACUGCUUUUGCUCUAGUGGUGAUCAUCUGAGUUACUUUGAAAAGUGAAAGAUUUGUCACAUAUAAAUGAACGGGUAUUGGUGCUUCUUGGGACACAAGAGCCACCUCACAUUCAUAGGGUGUAUGAGUAUAUAAGUGUGCGAGUAUUUAAUUGAAAAUAUGUUGCUAGAGAAACACAGCCUUGGUUGUGAUUCCAUAGAGCCGCUCUCUACAGAAACACUAACAUCCUCUAUACGGCCGUGUGUGGGAAGGAUGACUCCCUUUCUCCCAAAGCUAGUCUAGCAGAGCUGAGGCUGAAGCCGCCUGCUGCUGCUUGGGCCGCAUAGUGCAUUUCCACGGUUCUUCAGCAUCUGAGCUGGAAUGGGCUGUUUCUCAACCGGGAGAGUCUGCUUAGACAAGCCGCUGGUACAAGGCAUUUGGGUAAACUGGCAGCCUGUCAGUUUGUCUAGUCAGCUGACUCCAGUUAUCAAAGAGGGGGCAAGGGGUGGGGGGUGGGGGGCGGGGGUUGGGGGUGGUUUGCUUAACUUCAUCAAUAGGAUGGAAGCCAGAUCACUUGGAUCACUCAGAAGGGCAGUCUCCGUGACUGCAUUGAUCACCAGCCAUCUCCGGGGAGGCUGGGGAGCUGCCCUGAGGUGGAGUUCAGGUGUGGGCAGGUUUUAUACAUACAGUACAUUCAUGUUUACCUUAAGCAGGUACAAGAUUCAUGAAACCUUGGUAUUGAGUUGUAAGCAGUUAGAUACCAAAAAUUGGUAGAAUGACACAUGCAUUUGAAUAGUAGAUGAGUCAUUUGCUUUGCAGUGUGCAUUUUUACAGCCAUUGUUCUUCAAAACCAGGGGAGAGACUGAGUUUGAUUUUCAGAACAUUCUCUGUCCCAACCCCCUCAGUUUUCAGCUACAGUGAUCAUAUCAUUUAUUUUCUCCCAGAAGGGAAUGAAAAAGGAGAAGAUAGUUGGCUUAGCAACAUUUCUUUUGUUAGCUCUAUCUCAUGGUUAGUGGGAAUCUACACUUGCUAAGGCCUCUGCUUCUACAAUUUCUCUUUUCCCAAUAAGCCAGGUAUGGAGUUCCCUAGGACGUAGUAGUGCCUAAUCCUCUUGUGGGGAGAGGGUGUGAUGAGUGUGAGAAACUGGGUGUAUGUAUUAAGGGGGGUGUGCGCAUGGGUUUGAAAUGGAACAGGAAGGACCUCCACAUUCAGGUCUCUUGGGAGGGCCAGAAGUUUAGUGUAUAGUUUCCUCAGGAUUGCAGGCUGUGUGCAUGUGUGGUAUUUUCCCCCACUCUUAGGUUUUCUUUUUUAAACCUAUGUUGAAAGCAAUGUCAUCCAAUCAUCUUGUUCAUAUGCCUCAGGAUUGUAUUUCUUUUGCUUCUUUUGUGCUGUAGGGUUCAAUAGUAUUUCUAUAAUUAUGUAACAAAAAUAGUGUUGCACUGUAUUGUAUCAUAUAGAGCUAUAUGUAUGAAAUUUGAUCGUUUUUUAAAAAUAUAUGUAUCUUUGCAAAGGCACAAUAAAGCUGCAUCUUAGAGACUAUAGGCAAUAAUAACAAUAACAUUGGCUAACAAUAAACAUUAUUUAACACAUGAAUUGUGAAA